AUGCGUUCCAUCAGCUUGAUCAGUCUUCUCCUCGCCGUCACUUCGGUGCUCGCGCUUUCCGCCGACUCCGCUGUCGAGUCUAGCCUCUUUGAGCGAUCGACGAUCGAGGGCGCGCAAUUCGACCGUCGCACCGGUAUGCUUACGUGGGAGGAUGCAGAGGCACCGCUUGCCAAGCGUGAUGGAGAGAUCUCCUUCAUGGCCUCGUUCGAGGUGACAAAGCGUGACACGUCCGAAGCUGGUUCCAGCCUCGAGAAGCGUGGCCGCCGGUGAGUUGCCGACCAAUAGGGGUCUCCUCGCCUGGGAAACAAAGACACGGCUGACUGACCCUCAUGGUCUUGCAAUUCCUGCGUGCAUGUUUUUCCUCGCCCACAGAAACCGCCACAAGAAGUCAAAGAGCAAGAAGUCGAAGAAGUCGAGCAAGAAGAGCAAGAGCAAGAAGAAGAAGACUUCGACGAGCUCGUCCGGCGGAGACGUGUAAGUACUUACGUCGAUAUUCUCUCCACUUGUUUGUUUGCGGUGAUCACAAUCGUUUGCGGGCUGGUCCUGCUGAUGGUUGGCACCAUACCACUUUUGUGGCAUGUGUAAGACCGCCCGAGUUGGGAUUGCUCUGGGUGGCUGUUGUUUUUCGACUCCGAAAACGAUGCUUUUCCCUACAGUCAAGCUGACUCUAACCGCUUCCGUUGGCUCUCGUUCACAGUGCUACCUGGUACACCAAGAAGGACUUGCUGAACCCCUCGUGCGGUCGCAAGUCACACUGGACCCCUACCGACCGCUCGCUCGUCGUCGCCCCUACCGAGCGUUGGGCCCACCGUCCCGCGUGCGGCUCGUUCUUGCGCAUCACCGCCCCCGGUAGCAAGAAGUCCGUCGUUGUUCGAGUUUGGGAUACCUGCGGUGGCUGCGCGCCCAACGUGCCCCACGUCGACCUCACCAUCGCUGCCUUCACCAAGCUCUGGCCCCAGGCCGUCGGCCUGGUCAAGGGCGUUCACGUCCAGGUUCUUUCCGGCCCUCCUUUCAACCCUACCAAGUGGGACUCGCACAUGGUCGCCCUUUACGGUCCCAAGACCCAGUAG